CGAAAUUGGGUCACUGAAUUUGGUGCCUUAUGGGCCGAAGCUGACUGAUUCGGGCACAGAUAUUGGGUCGGGCCGGAACCAUCGGUUACCCAAGGUGCUCUACAGCUCAACUGCAUGAGUAAUGCUCUUCUUUCUCUCUGCCUCUCUGCUAUUCCUUCUGUCGAUUCCAGAUUGGAGCAUUCAUUGCUUUCAACAAUCAACAUGGAAGUGUUCAAGAGAGCCAUACUACAGCCUGGGCCACCUCAAGCCUUUGCACUACAGACUGUUCAGGAAGUUAUAAAACCUCAGAAACAAACAAAACUAGCCCAAGAUGAGAAUCAAUUAUUAGAAAACAUUCUUCGGACGUUGCUCCAGGAACUAGUGUCAUCUGCAGUACAGUCAGGGGAGCAAAUAAUGCAGUAUGGGCAAUUGAUUGAUGAUGGUGAAACUAGCCAGGGUCAUAUUCCUCGUCUUCUUGACAUUGUGCUAUAUCUUUGUGAGAGAGAACAUGUUGAAGGUGGCAUGAUAUUUCAACUGUUGGAAGACUUGACAGAAAUGUCUACAAUGAGAAACUGCAAGGAUAUUUUUGGUUAUAUAGAGAGUAAACAAGAUAUUUUAGGGAAGCAAGAGCUUUUUGCGCGUGGGAAACUUGUGAUGUUAAGAACAUGCAAUCAACUUCUUCGUCGUCUAUCAAAGGCAAAUGAUGUGGUGUUUUGUGGACGAAUUCUCAUGUUUCUGGCACAUUUUUUUCCUUUGUCUGAACGCUCAGCUGUGAAUAUUAAAGGAGUUUUUAACACAUCAAAUGAAACAAAGUAUGAGAAAGACCCCCCUGAUGGGAUUUCUAUUGAUUUUAACUUUUAUAAGACCUUUUGGAGUUUACAGGAACACUUUUGCAACCCUGCUUCUCUAACUCUUGCUUCUGCUAAGUGGCAGAAAUUUACAUCCAGUUUAAUGAUUGUUUUGAAUACCUUUGAAGCUCAACCAUUAAGUGAUGAAGAGGGGGAUGCUAAUAAUUUGGAGGAAGAGUCAGCAAAUUUCAGCAUAAAAUAUCUUACUAGCAGUAAACUAAUGGGUUUAGAGUUGAAGGAUCCAAGUUUUCGACGCCACGUUCUUGUGCAGUGCCUUAUAUUAUUUGAUUAUUUGAAGGCCCCAGGAAAGAACGAGAAAGAUUUGCCAUCUGAAAGCAUGGAAAAGAAGUUUUAUCGUUUGUGUACAUCAACAUCAUGCUUUUUAUACUAUUCUCCUGUAUAUACUUCAGAAUUGUAUAUCAAGAAAGAAGAAAUAAAAUCAUGUGAGGAGCGUGUGAAAAAAUUGCUUGAAAUGACUCCACCUAAAGGGAAAGAUUUUCUUCGUAAAAUUGAUCAUGUCUUAGAACGUGAGAAAAAUUGGGUGUGGUGGAAACGUGAUGGUUGCCCACCAUUUGAAAAGCAACCAUUGGAGAAGAAAACAGUACAAGAUGGAUCUAAAAAGCGUAGACAAAAGUGGAGACUGGGAAAUAGAGAACUCUCUCAGUUGUGGAAGUGGGCAGAUCAGAAUCCGAAUGCUUUGACUGAUCCUCAACGUGUCCGAACUCCUCACAUCAUGGAAUACUGGAAACCCUUGGCUGAAGAUAUGGAUGCAUCAGCUGGAAUAGAAGCUGAAUAUCACCACAAAAAUAGUCGGGUUUAUUGUUGGAAAGGUCUUCGAUUUUCAGCUCGACAGGACUUGGAUGGAUUUUCUAGAUUCACUGAUCAUGGUAUUGAAGGGGUUGUGCCUCUAGAACUUUUGCCGCCUGAUGUUCGAUCCAAAUACCAAGCAAAACCAAAUGACAAGUCCAAGCGUGCUAAGAAGGAUGAAUCCAAGGGUGCUGCAGCACAAUCUGAGGAAAAUCAGAUUGCUACACCUGCAAGUGAAGUUGAUGGUGAAGGAAUCAGAGCUGAUCUUGAAGCCUCAGCAGCACAAAUGGACGUUGAUGCGACAGCAACUGGCAAUAUAUCCCAAGGUGGCACUCCAACACCAGAUGAACAUCAAAAGCAGAGCUCUGACACUGAUAAUGGUCAAGAGGCGGGUCAGUUAGAAGCUGAUGCUGAGGUUGAGGCAGGAAUGAUAGAUGGAGAGACUGAUGCAGAAGUUGAUUUAGACGCUGUUGGCUGAUAUGCUGGAAGUGUGAUUGCGGUUCUUGGUUGCACAUAAGAGAAUGCUAGUGAAGUGUUAAAUCCUUAAUCUUAACUUGGAAAUCUAGUAAAGGCAUUGAAUUUUUCCUACGCCACAAAAAUGGCUAUUUUACCAAAGCUUGUAACUUUAACAUGUAACCGUUGUAGGGCUUAUUGAGCAAUCGAUGCCUUUCUUAACACUUUUUCUUUAUGGGUUCACUGAAGGCCCAUUAUUUUAUAUUUUAUUUCAAGUUUUUCCAGACUA